AUGAGGCACUUUAUACCAGUUGUCUGUUUUUCCCUGAUAGGAGUCCAUGCUGAGCCUCUGCUAACCAACAGCCCAGUUUGCGACGUUGCCGUCGAGACUGCGUUGUGUCUGCACAAUGCAGAGAAAAUAUUAAUGCCGGAUGCAAGGCCCUAUGGCAUGGAGGUCCACCUGACCUUUGAUGAAUCCCGUCCCCUAGACACAAGUGGAAAGAAAAACCACGGCUCUGGAGAAGUGAUGGCAGCAUCUGGCGUUGGCGGUGCAGGCAGUUCAGCCUUAUUCCGUAACAACUAUGUCUAUAUACCGAGUUCAGACAGCUUCAAGUCUGCCGACUUCUCGUACACAUUCUUUCUGUACCUACUCGAGGAUUCAAAAUCAAGAUCUACCAAUGAUAUGCAUGACCAGUACUGCCCUAUCAUCCAUAAGGGCAUCAUGCGUGAAGAUGUGCAAGAAGCUUCCCCCGCCGUCCUUGUAAAUCCUCGUGAUGGACGUAUCAAAGUCGUCCUUGGUACAACUGGCACUGCAGCACCUGGCCAAGAGAUGCAAAGCAACUCAAGACUUCGUCCUCAUCAGUGGUACCACCUUGCCAUGGUCCGGCAUCAGAAUCGCAUGAGACUCUACGUUGAUGGAAUUCUCGACUCCUCUCUUGUUACUGAAGGAUCGACCAAGACAAAUGAUCUUCCUCUAUUCAUUGGCGGCGCCCCCUACUCAGAAAAUGUUUGCGAUAUGCCAAUGCUCUUGGAUGAAUUCCGCAUGUAUUCAUACGCUGUCGGCCGUGAUUAUAUUCAAGCUGAGGCAUCUAUCGCCCUGGGUGGGAUUGAGCCUUCAUACCUUCAUAUCGGUUGCACCAACUGCAACAAGGACGAAGCAGCCGAAUCAUGUGCUGAUGGAUACCACCUAUGCAACAAAUUGGAGCUGUACAAUGGUGGCUACCACGUAGCGCGCAAAUUAUCUCUUGGCGCAGCGCUUGUUGCUGCAGGAUCCGCGACUCCAGUGAGGGGCACUGGUCUGUGCUGUACCGAUGCAUAA